AGGAGGGCAUGGCAACCCAACUCCAGUAUUCUUGCCUAGAGAAUCCCCAUGGACAGAGGAGCCUGGUGGGCUCGAGUCCAUGGGGUCGCAGAGAGUCGGACAGGAAUAAGUGACUACGCACAACUUUCUAAUUCAGCUUCUUAUGGAAAUCAAAGGAGGGAUGACAUUUCUGAGGUGUCCAUCACGUCAUGGGUGAUCCUAGGAAAAAAAAAAAAAAAGGAACCACUGGCCGGGGCUGCUUCCAAACAAAAUUAAAAUUCUCAAGAGACAAUUUCUAGCCGCCUAGCGGAUGGCGACAGCAGGACGUCCGAGUAUCCGAGGAUAAAACGAAGGAUGCGUUAACAGUUCGGAAACAAGGGCUCGCGGCUGUGAAUUCUAACCAAAGCAUCGUUUACCCGCCUAUUUCCUGACCGCACGCCUUGAGAGAAUCCCUUCCUCCCCGCCCCCUCCCUUUCGGAUCCCGUCAGGCGGGAGGCUUCCAGCAAGUCGACAAGUCAUCCCUAGGUCCUGAAUUCUACAGGGGGCAUUUGGGAAAACGUCACUUUUGAAUUCUCCUUGUUCCAGUGGUCCAGCUUGUAGUUAAAGUCGCGCGCCUGGAGAGGAAAGCCAGGGACCACAGAGACGUGCGCCGUGGCUUCCUAGAGAGGAAGUUCGCGAUACUUGGGUGCCACGGCCGACAUAGUGACGCACUUCUGCUCACACCACAUAUUGCCCUUUUCCUGAGCCCCUGCCCUUCAUUGAGAGAGAGCUCAAUAAUGGCUGUCAUGCCCCUGAAAGUCUGGCACCAGGAGGUGGUGACCUUUGAGGAUGUGGCUGUUUACUUCACCCGGACAGAAUGGGCUGGCCUUUCUCCUGCACAGAGGGCCCUGUACAGAAGUGUGAUGCUGGAGAUCUAUGGGAACUUGACAUCCUUGGGAUACCCAGUUCCCAAACCUGCGUUAAUCUCACUUCUAGAGAGAGGGGAUUUGCCUGUGGGCCUGGAGACACAGGAUAAUCCUCCUGCACAGGGUACCAGAGACAUCUAUAAAAGUGCCAGGACCCACAUGGACAGUGAGUUAACAACAACAUGGGGAAUUUCUGAAGAAAGAGACUUGAUGAUGUCACAUGGGCCACAGAAGAAUGUUCUUAACAAAAGCAGCUUCCUAGAAACAUGUGAACUGGAGCAACACCAGGAAAUCCCCACAGUGAAAAAUAUUAGAGGAAAGGUUCUAAGAAUCCACUAUAAUAGGAAACCCUUCAGAUGUGAGGAGUGUGGGAAAUGCUUCAGCUAUUUUUCUUACUAUGUUAGGCAUCAAAGAAUCCACACUGGGGAGAAACCCUUUGAGUGUAAUGAGUGUGGAAAAGCCUUUAAUGGCAAUUCUUCAUUAAUUCGACAUCAGAGAAUCCACACUGGUGAGAAACCCUAUCAGUGUGAAGAGUGUGGGAGAGCCUUUAAUGAUAAUGCAAAUCUGAUCAGGCAUCAGAGAAUCCACAGUGGGGACAGACCCUAUCUCUGUAGGGAGUGUGGAAAUGGUUUCACCAGUAGUUCUGAGUUUAUUAUACACCAGAGAAUUCACACUGGAGAGAAACCUUAUGAGUGUAAUGAGUGUGGAAAAGCUUUUGUUGGUAAUUCACCACUUCUGCGACAUCAGAAAAUCCACACUGGAGAGAAACCAUAUGAGUGUAAUGAGUGUGGCAAAAGCUUUGGAAGGACUUCUCAUCUUAGUCAGCAUCAGCGUAUUCACACAGGGGAAAAGCCUUACUCUUGUAAAAUAUGUGGGCAAGCCUUCAAUUUCCAUACAAAACUAACUCAGCACCAGAGAGUCCACAGUGAGGUGAAACCUUUUGACUGUAUAUGUUGUGGAAAAGUGUUUAGUACUCAGGCUCAGUUGAAAAGGCAUCUAAGAAUCCAUAUUCAGGAGACCUCCUGUGAUGAGUGUGGAAAAGUCUUCACUAGCAAAAGAAAUCUGCUUCUUCAUCAAAGAGUCCAUACUAGAAAGAAACCCUGUGAAUAUGUCAAGUAUGAAAAAACCUUUAGGACAUCUUCCCAGCUAGAUUGUGUCCACCCUGGAGAGAAGCCUGUGCUGGAUGUUGGUUGUUUUGGGCUCCCAGAAUUUUUUACCCCCUUUUACUGGUAACAGUACACUAUAUUUCUUUUGCCUUCCAUCUUCCACUCGGGUAGAAUGUGUGACACAGGCCCAGCUUAGCUGCAGAUUCUUUCCCUCAAGCUAUAGCUGUUGGUUCAUAUGUCAGUAGAUGACCCAGGAUAGUCCAAUUAGAAUCCCAGACUGAGUUAAUAACCCUCCUAAUGUUGAGCGUGGCCCUGGCCACAGCAACCAGACAGCAGACUGUGGCCCUGUAAUCCUUUCACCUUCCAGUUGUUGCAAACUUGUGACAUUUGUACUUGUUAAGAGUCAAAGAUAUGUGAACAAUGUGGCCUCCUAAUGGAUGGUUUCACAGGCUUCUUGGUGUUUGGAGACCCAUGUGCACCCAUGUGGACUUUGGAAAGCCUGCCAGUUAUGAAUUCCAUGGUAUUGAAUAAUCCUUGAAACUCCCAGUUCUUCAUUGAGCAAGGAUUUCCUUACACCCUUAGCAUUUGGUGUCUGUUCUUUGUAGCACAGGGAGAAGAGGCUGGAGAAGUGAGCGGUUUGGGGGAGUGGUUGAUUAAUGUGGCCAGGGGUAGGCUUGAAUCCUGAGCUCCCACCUCCCAGGAACAAGACAGGUCUGUGGGCCUUGCAAGGGCACAAGGCCUGUUCUGAGCCAGUCUCUUGAGAUGCAAGAACCUGAUGUUCAAGGCUGGAGCCUGGAGUUUAUCACCAUCAUCAUCCUUGCUCUUCAGCAAAUGGAAGAACUUGCUGUGGCUGGAUAGCAAGAGCAUUUGACAGGUAGCUGUAGGCACCGACUCUUAAGUAAAUCCCUUUUUACCUUGUGCUUCAGAUUCUGUGCUGUGCAGUGGGAUCUGCUGCUUUCAUCAAGCCAGAAUCUGUCCACAUGUCCAAGUACAGCACCUCAGCUUUCCUUAAGGAGCUACAUCUCACGUGCUUGCAGUCCAGACAGUAUCAGAGGGCUGACCCCACACUCCACCCAUCUGGAAGAUGGUUAUAUGAUGCAUGUCUAGCCAGCUCCGUUUUCUGUCCUCUGAUUGCUAUGAUUGCUAUGAGGGCGAGAAUGUUAUCCAAGCCAGGCCAAAGGCAUUCCAAGUCAUGAGUUUUCAUGGAACCCUAGUGAAGGAGAAACCAUUCCCAGUAGAAUGGACUUUGAGCUCGUGUCAUCCUGGAGGUGCUGGGUGAGAGACUGCCUGAGUGGAGUCACUGCAAGGCACUCAGCAGGACUGACAGAGAGGGGCCAGGUCGCACACUAUGUGAGCCCUUGGAUCUGACACUUCUGAACCCACUCUUCAACUUGUCUCUUGUAAAGAUUGCUUUCUAUCAUCCAUAAUAUAAUAUUUAUUUCACUUGAGUGUGUCUAGGCCCUUGUAAUCAAAAAAGCCCUGACACAUCAGGAUCAUUGAUUGUUGAGGCUUCCUCUGGCAUGGUGUCUCUGAUGGGUGGGGCAUGUUUAGGGGAGGUGAAGACACUAGGUGCAGUCAGGUCUAAGGGGAGCUGCCAGACAACUCUUCCUAAUUUCUUGACGUCCCAGAACACUGAGAGGAGAACUAGCAGGGAGAAAGGGCCAGAGGAUGGUCAGUUGGUCUGUUUGUAUUUUCCAUAUUUUAGGGUUUAUUUUGUUUGUGUCUUUCACCUGUUGAAGUCUUUCAGCACAUCUGCCAGAAACUCAUGACAGCCUAUUUACUUAUUGGCUUCUUAUACUGUAUUUCAUGAAAAUCUAUCAACUUUUUUUUUUACCUCUACCCUGAAACAACUGGUGAUUCUUGAAGGACAAACAUUUCCAGAUUUCCAACAGAGUCAGUCAUGAUUGUCGCCAGGCCACUUUUAUCAGCCUCAUUGCCUUUUGUUUUUGAAAGUCCCUGUCUCUCUACCUCCAGAAUCUUUUUGUUAAAACGGGAAGGUAGCUAGAUAUGGCAACCUACUCUACUAUUUUGCCUGUGAAAUUCCAUGGACAGAGGAGCCUGUGUCCAUGGGGUCACAAAGAGGAGAACAUGACUGGGCAGCUAAACAACAAAAAAAGCUAGGUAUGAGCAGAGAAAGGGGAGCAUGGGUCAGAUGGCGGGAAGCUAUGCAUCUUGUGCAGAGCAGAGGGGGAUCCUUGGAACCUCCAUACUGGAAACCAUACAUUUGGAGAUAAGUGUCCUGGAGGCAGAACAAAGAAAUGUGGGGAAAUGCAGGAAUCUCUGGUGUCUGAAAGUAACCUUUUGCUCAUUAUGCUUUCAUUACAAUAAAAUAAGCCUUGCAGGUAAGUGUCCAUCCUGCACUGAUGCCAUGACAUUUCUGAGCAAUGCUAAAUAAGGACAAAAGUCCUUCUUCCCUCCAGGAAGAUGGUGCUGCGAUAAAAAUCAGAUAACUUGACCCCCAAACCCAGUGAAUAUUAUGUUCCACAUACCUGGCUUGCCAAAAAAACUCAGGGCAGCUAUUCACCUGAGCCUGUCUCCUCUUCCCACUGAGAGUGUACUUUAACUUAAAUAAAUUCUUGAUUUCUCUGUCUUA